GUUCUCCUUUAUGACAACAAAAGUGAAGAGACUUAGUCACCUCCCACGUAGCCACUCUGCUCAGCUGCCUUUGAGCUAAGAUGCCUCUGUCUACUCUUCCAUCAGCGAUUUUCUCUCAGAUGACAGCUACUAGUAAUGUGCCUCCUCCUCCGCUUCGUAGCAUACCAAGUUUGAAAAUGUCUAAACAGAUUAAUUAUGGUCAGUUGGAUGCAUUAUGCCACAUUAGAAGUAUACAUCAUAGCUGGAGUUCUUGUACUGCUGUAUCAGCUCACAGUGCAUUUAUAAAACAGUAUCCUAAAAUAUUCCUGCACAAAAAAACCAGAUUACCUAAAAUUUUCAAACAGGAGCCAAAAAGAAAACCUAGUGAAGCUAAAGAAGGAAGUCAAAACCAACCUGAAGAUUCUCACAACAUAGCUGUUCACAUUAAAAAAGCACACGGUGGCUAUGCUUCAUAUGGACAAAAAGGAUCCCCAGAAACCUUUGAAGAAUUUCUACAUAUCUUAAAGAAACUGCCUGUUAAUAGAACAACACAUGAACAUAACAUUGUGUGGAAGACGCUGAAGACAGUUCCAGACUUAGCCUCCCAGCUAAAUGAUGAUCAUCUGAAAACACUUAGCAAGAAUAUCAUUUCUGAAACCUGGGUCAAAGGCAGCAUAGUGUUUGGAAAUGAUGGAUUUUAUGUGAUAUUGAAAGGCUUAGCUCGACCUUACACAGGUUUGUGUGAAAAUCUGACUGAAGAAAGUGACUUAACAGCUUCUAUUAUACCUCAGAUCAGUGUUGUUUUCGAUGAAGGCCUAAAAACCUAUCCAACUGCUGAGAUCUUCCUACCUCCACAUGACUUAAUGCUGAGACAAUGGAGUACCUUUGGAUCCCUGGAAGAGACACCUGAUGUUAAAUUAGAAACAAGGCUGCUCUCAGUGGUGGCAGAAGAUGAUUGUGAAAUUCUUAAAAUCCCUGCAAAGGAUUAUGCAAAGUUAAAAUUGGAAAAAGCAAAACUUGAAAAUAUACACAAGAUGAAAUUAAUCUGUAACUGUCCUUAUUAUGAGGAGUGGCCUACUUUAUCCAUAUGUGAGCUAACUGCACUUAUUAAAUGGAAAAAAUUUCCUGCGGGUCAUGUGAUAGUGGAAAGUGGAAACGUCAUUUCUUUUGUGGCUUAUAUUAAUUAUGGAUAUUGUAAAAUUUACAGAAGUAUUAUAGGACUUGUGAAACUACCAUCAAACAAAAUAAAGAAGACUCGAAAACUUGUUUACGUGGGUAAACUUAAGGAGAAGGAGUCAUUUGGUGAGAUUAGUGUGCUUCUUCAAGUGCCUUUCACAUACACAAUCGUCGCUGGAAAGGAUGUGGAAAUGGCGAUAAUUGAAGACAAAGACAUAUUUGAAUUAGAUGAAGUGACGCAGAAACUUAUGCUUCAAACAGCUAAACCAACUUUUGAACAUCUGACAGAUGAAGAUGUAAAAAAUGAAUAUCUGCAAAAGGAACAACAAAAAGAAUGGAAAGAUUUUAAGAUUCUUGUCAGUCAAUAA